AGGUGUAAUCUGUCGCUCUCGCUACACACCUUUGACCAAUUCCGCUUCUUCCAUCUUUCGCUUCCCGGCUUCUGGAGUUCUUUCGCAUAAUAUACCCCCAUCUGACGGUUUCAUCUCGGCAUCAACGGCUUUUGUUUCAUGAUCAAUUUCACACCGGCCCGCUCAUCAUUUCUUGGCCAUCUUGGUCUUCUCCACAUUCCGAGGCACAACUUCCAUUUCUGGAGAACGACCAACACAGCAAAUCAAAAAAUCGACCAAAAAAAUAUCUCUCAACUUCAUUUCUCUCGUUCCGGCGUAAAAGGGGACAGCCCAAAAGGCGUUUUUGUUUCUUUCUUCGGUCGACUGGCGUUGUCUCCAAUCCUUCGCUCGUUCACUGCAUAUGCGGAUAGAACGCUCUUACAGCAAGCAGGACUAGAGACUUUGUACAACUUUACACUGGUGAACAGGAGGAAUGGGGCAACCCAAAAACAGGCGUAUCUCGGUUUAUUCUCUUUCUUGUCUUCCUGCCUGUCGUGUACUAAAACUCCAGUGUGUCUCUCUUUUCUUUAUGGCGUGGUAUUGUUGUGCCAGCAGUUCAUCUUCUUUUCUUUUCUUUCGUUACAAAGCUCAUCUAGAUACCCACUUUUAUUUCCUUAUAUCAGCAUGUUCCUUCUUACAAAUACUUGCUUCCCCUUUACAAAUACCUGUUUUCCGGAUUCUCGGUGCUCGAUGAGGUGGCUUGUCGCUCCUGCAUAUGUCAAGGAGGUUGAUCUUCCGAUGAGACGCCAGCCACCAACGGUCGAACACGUUCAGGCAAAACCAGGUACUCGGUACACUUGACCUCAUCAGCCCUGGAGAUAGCAUGAGACGUUGAUCCC